AUGGUCGGUGAUAUCAAUGCCUCACUGCGUCCGUCACCAGCGCCUCUUCGCCUUUCUUAUCUUCUCCUUUCUUCACUUCUCCAUGCUUAUCAUCGCUUUUCUUAUUUUCGCCUUUCUUAUCAUUUUCUUUUCUUAUCUUCUUCUUUCUUAUUUACUCCUUUCUUAUCAUCAACUUUAUUACAUUCUCCUAUCUUAUCAUCGCUUUUCUUAUCUCCGCCGUUCUUAUCUUCGCAUUUUUUAUCUUCUCUCUUCUCUUCGCCUUUCUUAACUUCUCCUUUCUUAUCUUCGCCUUUCUUAAAUUCUCCUUUUUUCAUCUCCUUACUUACCUUCGCAUUUCUUAUCUUCGUAUUUCUUAACUUCGCCUUUCUUAUCUUCUCCCUUCUUAUCUUAAUCUUUCUUAUCUUCUCCUUUGUUAUUUACUUCUUUUUUAUCCUCGCCUUUCUUACAUUCUCCAUUUUUAUCAUCGCCUUUCUUAUCUUCGCAUUUCUUAUCUUCACCUUUCUUAGAUUCUCCAUUCUUAUCAUCGCCUUUCUUCUCUUCGUAUUUCUUCUCUUCGUAUUUCUUACCUUCUCCUUUCUUAACUUCACCUUUCUUGUCUUCUUCUUUUUAUCUUCAGCUUUCUUAUCUUCUUCUUUCUUAUCUUCGCCUUUAUUUAAUCACAUUCUUAUCUUCGCAUUUCUUAUCUUCGUCUUUCUUAAAUUCGCCUUUCUUAUCUUAGACUUUCUUACUUUCUCUUUCUUAUCUUCGACUUUUCUUAUAUUCUCUUUUCUUAUCUUCUUCUUAUUAAACUUCGCCUUUCUUAACUUCUUCUUUCUUAUCUUCUCCUUUCAUAUCUUCGCCUUUCUUACUUUCUCCCUUCUUAUCAUCGCCUUUCAUAUAUUCGCCUUUAUUAUAUUCGCCUUUCUACUAUUCUUAUUUCUUAUCUUCGCCUUUCUUAGCUUCGCCUUUCUGGCCUUCAAUUUUCUUAUCUUCUUCUUUCUUAUCUUCACCUUUCUUAUCUUCUCCUUUCUUAUCUUCGCCUUUCUUACCUUCACCUUUCCUAUCAUCGCCUUUCUUACCUUUCUUAUCAUUCUUAUGUUUUCCUUUCGUAACAUCGCCUUACGUAUCUUCGCAUUUCUUAUCUUCGCAUUUCUUACCUUCUCCUUUCUCAUCUUCGCCUUUCUAAUCUUAUCCUUUCUUAUCUUCGCAUUUCAUACCUUCUCCUUUCUUAUCUUCCUUCUUAUCUUCGCCUUUCUUAACUUCGCCUUUCUUAUCAUCGCUUUUCUUAUCUUCUCCUUUCUUUCCUUUGUCUUUCUUACCUUCACCUUUCUUAUCUUCGCAUUUUUAUCAUCUUUCUUAUCUUCUAAUUCCUUACCUUCUCUUUUCUUUUUUCUCCGCUCUUAUCUUCGCCUUUUUUGUCUUCGUUAUCUUACCUUCUCCUUUCUUACCUUCUCCAUUCUUAUCUUCGCCUUUCUUAUCUUCUUAUUUUUUAUUUUCAUCUUUCGUACCUUCUUCUUUCUUAUCUUCUCCUUUCUUACCUUCUCCAUUCUUACUUUCUCCAUUCUUAUCUUCGUCUUUCUUAUCUUCGCCUUUUCUUACCUUGUCCAUUCUUAUCUUCUCUUUUCUUAUAUUCUCCUUUCUUACCUUCUCCUUUCUUACCCUUUCUUACAUUCGCCCUUCUUAUCAUCUCCUUUAUUACCCUCUCCUUUCUUACCUUCCCCUUUCUUAUCAUCGCCUUUCUUACCUUCCCGUUUCUUAUCAUCGCCUUUCUUAUCUUCGCCUUUCUUAUCUUCGCCUUUCUUAUCUUUGUCUUUCUUAUCUUCGCCUUUCUUAUCUUCGCCUUUCUUGCCUUCCCCUUUCUUAUCAUCGCCUUUCUUACCUUCCCCUUUCUUAUCAUCGCCUUUCUUAUCAUCGCCUUUCUUAUCUUCGCCUUUCUUAUCUUUGUCUUUCUUAUCUUCGCCUUUCUUAUCUUCGCCUUUCUUGCCUUCUCCUUUCUUAUCUUCUUCUUUCUUAUCUUCGCCCUUCUUACCUUCUCCUUUCUUAUCUUCGCCUUUCUUAACUUCUUUCUUAUAUUCUCCUAUCUUAUCUUCGCCUUUCUUAUCAUCGCCUUUCUUAUCAUCGCCUUCCUUAUCUUCUUCUUUUUUAUCAUCGCCUUUCUUACCUCCGCAUUUCUUACCUUCUCCAUUCCCUUUCAUACCUUUUCCUUUCCUAUCUUCUCCUUUCUUACCUUCUCCUUUUUUAACUUCUCCUUUCUCAUCUUCGUCUUUCUUAUUUUCUCCUCUCUUAUCUUCGCCUUUCCUACCUUCACUUUCCUCAUCUUCGCCUUUUCUUAUCGUCCUUUUUCUUAUCUUCUCCAUUCUUAUCAUCGUCUUUCUUAUCUUCGCCUUUAUUUUCUUCUCCUUUCUUAUCUUCACAUUUUUUAUAUUCGACUUUCUUAUGUUCUCCAUUCUUAACGUCUCCUUUAUUAUCUUUUUCUCCUUACAAACCGUCUCCUUUCUCACCAUCGCCUUACCUAUCUUCACAUUUCUUACCUUAUCCUUUCCUAUCUACUCCUUUCUUACCUUCGCCUUUCUUAUCUUCCUCUUUCUUAUCUUCGCCUUUCUUACCAUCUCCUUUCAUAUCUUCUAUUUUCUUAUCUUCUUUCUUACCUUCUCCUUUCUUUUCUCUUUUUCUUACCUUCUUCUUUCUUACCUUCGCCUUUCUUAUCUUGUUAUUUCUUAUUUUCGCCUUUCUUAA